AUGGCAAGUUCUUGUGUCCUAGGGAGUGUGGUUGUUCUAAGAAUUAUAAGUGUGCUGACCCUCACUGCUUCUGUUCUGGUAAUGGGCCUCAACAACUUCACCCAACUCGGGAUCAAGGUUAAAUUCACUGAUAUUAUAGCCUUCAGGUAUGUUUUUGCUUGCGGCCUCGCCGGGGCCGCAUACAAUUUAAUUCAGCUACCGUUUGCUCUCUACAAUGCCGCUAAAGAUAAGAGAAUGAUUCGAAACGGUUGCCUUCAAGAAUUCGACUUCUAUGGCGACAAGGUGAUAUGUUUCCUAGUUGCGAGUGGGGUUGGUGCCGGGUUCGCGAUGAGCUGUGAGCUGAAGAGAGGAUCUGACGACUUAAAUGAUAAAGGGAAGACAUUCUUGGACAGAGGGCUUAUCUCAAGCGGCCUUCUUCUUGGGGGGUUUCUCGCCAUGGCUCUCCUCACCAUCUUCUCAUCCAACCGCCACACUUCCGCUAAGACCAGGGCAUUCUUCCAAAACUAA